CCUACCAGCUCCCCUCCCACUGCAAGGCGGGGCUGAUGAGAAAAGCAGAGCCAAAGGAAGUGAAGUCAAAGCGCGCUGAGCAGAAUCCGCGGGAGGAACAUUGAGAGAGAAAGGAGCAGAAGACAUUUGGGAUUGCUUAUCUCCUUCCAAUAUAGUAGACGACCCAUACUCUGUGAAGAUAAAAGAUAAUCCAGUUGCCUUUCAGCCGCUAUGAUGAAUCAGGUUGAAAGGAACGACUGGCCGGAUACCUCUACCGCCGUCCUUCUCUACUCCUUCCUGCAGCACUCCAGCGACUGCGCCUUUGUUUCAGACCUUAAUUGUUUGAAGAAUGAGUUGUUGCUUUCCAAAAUAAGUGAUGAUGAUGAUGAACUUCAGACAGAUGGGAAUAGAUGUGGGAGAUUCGAAGUCAGAGAGGAAGUGCCUGAUGAGGAAAUUUUCCGGAUUAUCGGAGCUCAGCUGGCUGAAAUCGGGGAUAAGCUGACUGCUGAGAUGGAGGCAUCAGUCAUACAGAAUCUGGCACAGCGUUUUAUGAGAGAGAACAUGUCCAAAGAGGUGAUGACGAUGCACAUGUCUCAUGCUGUGGAGGAACUUGUGAGAAAAAUGCCUUUAGACAUGGAGAAGGAGAAAGCCAUGUUAGUGAUAUCAAUGGCUUUGACGAAGAAAGUAGUAAAUAGCGUGCCUUCUCUUCUAGUGCAAGUGUUCAGUACAACUGUGAAUUAUAUCAACCAGAACCUCCGUGAUUAUGUGAACAACCUGGCUCCUGAGAGCUGAACAAAUUGAACACAACGCACCUACCUGCAAAAAAAAGAAAAGAAAUAAAAAUGAUUUUUUUGUUUUUUUUAAUAAGAAAAUUUUUAAGUAUCUUUUUAAAGAGGACUUGGCAUUGUGAAGUGUUUGUGAUUUUUAUCAGAAGUCAUAUGCAUUCCCCGACUCCUCCUACUUGAAUGUGCCUGCUCUUUUUUUGUACCUGAAACACUUGAUCCUGCUUUACAUCCAUCUCAGGAGGAAAAUGACCAAUCGACUCUUGUUCUCAGGUGCGAAGUCCUGGGUCCUAUAGCAAUAAGCUGCAGAAGUGAAUAGGAACAAUAAACAUGAUAGCUCUUUACCAAUUCCAUCAGAACACUUUGGAUUCAUAAUGUGAAUACAAUCCAACUGGAUAUCCUUGACUCUCACACCAGUUUAAUUGUACAGUGAAACACUUCUGCAAGUUACCUUGGAAAAGGCUUGAGAAGUUUAGCUUGUCUGGAGAACAGUGCAAGCUUUGCAUGCUGUGGGUGCCCCAAAACCACCUGCAAGGUUCGCCCUGCAAAUUCAUUGGAAGUUGGAUUGAAAUAAAUGAAUUGGAUGCCCAGGUACAGGGAAAUUGUCGCUGGUUCAAGUAAUUUACCUCUUACUGGUUUUGAGUCUUAAAAACAGGUUUUGGCUAAAUUUUAAGCUGUAAAGUAGGAAGAAUGGAACCUCUUCUACGGGGGCCAGAUGUAAGUCUUUACCCCGUCCUUUGCAACUAGUACAUCUUUUUAAAGCCAAUAGAGAAGUCUGGAAAUGAAAAUCCGUGGAUGCUUUUGACUCCCCCUUGUUUUUCUCAAUGCCCAACUGUAACUCUAUCUGUGGCCUUGGCUGAGAAAAGGGUUGUGAUCAAAUGUGAGGGAAAACAAACUGAAAGUUUUUUUUCCUAGUCUAAAUGCUAUAUUUAGUUAGAAAAUAAUAAUUCUUUAAGUUGAAUGGGAUACAACUAUGCUCCGUUCCAUGUUUAAGGGAUUUGGUUCAUGAAAUAAUGUUCCUAUUACUCUAUAAAGAAAAACUUCUGGAAGAA